CGUAUAUGUAUCUUCUUCAGGAUUAUUCUCCGAGUGGAUAAUUAUUAUAAGGUUUUGUCGUAUACACAAUCAUUCUACUCUCCUCCCCACACCAGCUCAUUGAGAUCAAGGCCCUGGUUCACUGAAGUAACUUAGCUGUACGUGCAGACAAUUGAAAAGUUUGAAUUUGCAAAAAUACGAAUCAAAAUUUCAUUGUAUGGCAGAGAAGUUGUCAUGUCUUCCGUCAAUGUGUUGUGCCCCGGUGGAAAGAGGUUCGUGGUGAAAGUAACCCCGAAUAAAAAAAUGCUCGAGAUACUGGAAGAUGUAUGCAAGCGAAUGGACCUUAAUCCAUCGCAGCAUCAGCUGGUGCAUGGUCGGAAGAAUUUGGACUUGUCUAUGUCGUUUCGGCUGUCGGGCCUUCCCAACAAGGCUCAUCUUGAACUCGUGGCUGGUGUUGGCGUGAAAGCUGACUCUAAAGUUGGCGUAGCACUUCAAAUUCCCACGGGAGAACGACUGCAGAAGGAGUGGCAGGCAACGGAUACCCUUUGGUCCGUGUUGGAAUACUGGCGCCAGAAUAACUCUGCUCUGCAGCAAGAAACCGGCAUGCCAGUGUGUGUCUAUCUCCAGCAGGAGGUUGCUGGCGAGGUGGCACUUAAGCGUACAACAUUGCGCUCGCUGGGUCUCACUGGUGGUCGUGCCCUGGUCAGGGUUCACUUCAAAUCUGAAGCUCCAGUAGCAGCAGCAGCCUCAGUGUCGGUGGAAGCUAGUACUGUAGCUGUGCCAUCAGGCCAGCAAUCCCAUGCUGCCAGCAGCCAUGAAGCAGCGUCGAGGCAAAACCAGGCGGCGGGUAAUCUUCCUGCUGAAGGGAGCGUGUCGUCCAGUGGAAGAACAAUCGGUGGCGAAAUGCCGUCCAGUGUUGUUGAUCUAGCAGUACUAGAACCGGCUGCUUUGAGUGCUCAAGACUCAUCCAGUGUUGGUGAACAACACCAGACAGCAGUGGACCGGCCAGCAAGUAGUGCUACACAGCCAGUGGACAGUGUGGCAGAAGCCCAUGCUGCUACGACUACUACUGCUGCUGCUGCCACUGAGCCUUCGGCUGCAGUAUCUACUACCGAAGAGACCAUGGACACGUCAGCAUCACAGCCAUCAGCACCAGCACCGGCAAUACCUCUUUCCCACCCAACAAGCGCUGAGUCCGCUGCCGAAUCUAGUACGGUACCAGGUGGUUGUGCUACUGCUGCUGCUGCCGCCCAUACAGAGUCCAUCCCUCACAGCACCACAGCAGAUAGCAGUCAGCAAGUAGCGAGUGCACCUCGCAAGUCUGGUCUAUCAGCCAAGCUACAGUCUACGCACAAGGACAACACGUUCGGCGGCACCUCGUUUGGCGAGAGAACAGUGGAUUGGUCCAAAAGUGUCGGACAUCGUCUCGGCGGGCCAUCCACAACAGAUGCCGGCCCACCGCCCAGCAAGCGGCCUCAUAGAGGCAAUCAGACUGAAGGUGAAGCUACACCUCGCCUGAUAGAGCUUAGUGGACCUAUUGAGCGACAUGCUGUUCUCUUUGAGCCGAAAACAGCGCAGGACGGCAGAGCUGGUCGUGAUGACCUUCCUGACGAUUUCUUCGACCUGAGGGCGGAGGAUCUGCGCCUGAUGCUCAAAGACUUGCGUGCCAUUCAGCAGGGGGAUGCCGACAAGCCGUUAGCGACGAAAGAGAUGCGACAGCGCGAGGAAGAGAAGAGACUCGUGGCGUACAGACAGGGUGUUAUUCGUGUUCAGUUCCCGGAGAGACUAGUCCUGCAAGGUGUAUUCCAAGCCGGAGAGCCAGUUCAAGCUGUCAUGGACUUUGUGAAAGGCUAUCUCGAGGACUCGACGUUAGAUUUCCACUUAUAUGUAUCGCCACCAAAACAAGUACUGCAGCCACUGUAUACGCUAGCUGAGGCUAAACUCAUGCCGGCAGCCAAGCUCUUCUUUGGCUCGUCCGUAUCUCGUGAUCGCUACGUUCGUCAGGACGUGCUGCAGCGCUCAACCAGCCUAGCCGAGGCGGAGGAGAUCACAGCCAAGUGCUUUCCUGCCAGGUCUGAUUCAACGGCUGGUGACAGUGUCGCUGAUGAAGCAAGUGCUUCUGCUGCUGCCCAGUCCUCUUCUAAUGAGAAAGAAGAGACCAAGCCAGCCAAGUCGCUUACACCACAAGAGCAGUCAAAGAAAGCUGCCGCUCUGCCAAAGUGGUUCUCUCUAGGGAAGAAGUAGACACGGCGUUUGUAAUAGCAACUAGAUUUAUACCUUUUUUUGGACUCUCGUUUUUAGUACUUCAACAUAUUUUUUAUUGUUACUUUCCUUCCCGAACACAUACUACUAUGUAGCACACUGUCACUCUUCUGGUUGUAGGUCUAGUUGGGUGACCACCCAGCAAUUCUUUUCGGUGGAAAUAGUUGGCACUUUCUGCGGUCAGCAUUGGCAGCCCAUACACCUUGCCCUUUCCUUUCGCUGCUUCCUGCAUGAUAAUCUCACAGCUAUAUUAAGUUCAGCCUUUGUCCACGAGACUCGUGAUCUAACGCGGAGAAGUAUGCCUUAAUAAAAGACCAAUGGACACAUGAGAUAAAUUCAGCUCUCCCUGUUUGCAUGCAUGAUCUUCACAGUUCUCCUGCAUGGCCAGAUGCCGAACUUUCUAACCAAGGAGUUGAACUGGUGCAGCAUUCUACAAGUA